AGGUAUCGUGUUGUUCACGUAUAUGAGAGAAAGAAACCCUCAACUGUUGUGUUCUCCCUCGUGAUUCCCUUUAACAUUAAACCGCAACUUCCCUUGCCCUCUCCUUCCAUUUUCUUUCUUUCUAAUUUAUUCUCUCUCUCUCUUUGCUCUUUGCCUUUAAUUCAGCUACCACUUCUUCUUCUUCUCUUCUUCUUCUCUUCUUCCCUUUUUUCCUUUCCUUUCUUCAAAAUCCAAACAUUUCAAUGCCCUAAUCCCAAACUCUCUCUCUCUCUCUUUAUUUUAUUAAGGAGUGUCAAAAAUGGGGAAGAAAGGAACUGGCUGGUUCUCCACUGUGAAGAAAGUCUUCAAAUCUACUCCUUCCAAAGACUACUCUCCUGAGUUGAUCAAGAAGAAGGAAAGUGUGAAUGUGGAAAAAUGGCAGAACAAUGCUCCUGAGGUUAUAUCAUUUGAACAAUUUUCCACAGAGAUUUCGACAGAAAUAACGAAUGGCGAGAGCGUUCAAUCAACACCAAGGAUCGAAGGUCGAGAUCAUGCUAUUGUCGUUGCAGCAGCGACUGCGGCGGCCGCAGAAGCUGCAGUUGCAGCAGCUGAGGCAGCAGCAAAGGUAGUUCGUUUGGCUGGCUAUGGGUGGCAAUCUAGAGAAGAUAGAGCAGCAACUCUUAUUCAAGCUAAUUACAGAGGCUACUUGGCUCGACGAGCCCUCCGUGCUUUAAAGGGUUUAGUGAGGUUACAAGCAUUGGUCCGAGGCCACAAUGUUCGAAAACAAGCACAAAUGACAAUGCGUUGUAUGCAAGCGUUGGUGCGGGUACAAGCAAGAGUUCGUGCCCGUAGGUUGCAAUUGGCCAACCAAAGCUAUCAUAAAAGACUCGUAGAAGAUGAAGAUGACGACGAAGAAGAAGACGAAGAAGAAAAGUUAUUGAAAAACAACCUAAAGAAAUAUGAGAUGGAAGGUUGGGAUGGUAGGGUGUUAAGUAUAGAGAAAAUCAAAGAAAAUUCUUCAAGAAAACGCGAUGCCUUAAUGAAAAGGGAAAGAGCUCUUGCUUAUGCAUAUUCAUGUCAGCAACAACAUCAACGAAGACAAGAAGAAGAAGGAAUUUUACAAUUGGGCGAAGAUAUGAAUGAUUCAAGGUUUAGGCACGACAAAGUUGAAUACGGUUGGAAUUGGCUUGAGCAUUGGAUGUCUUCUCAACCAUAUAAUGUUCGUCAUUCCACAAUACGUGAGUCUUAUAUUACACCCACUACCACCACCACAGCUACAGACGACAUGUCGGAAAAGACCGUAGAAAUGAACCCCAUUGCUUUGGCCCAACUAAAUUUGGACUCUAUCGAUUUAGGACGAGUAGGGCCAUACUCGUCUCGACAAUCGAUCUCCAAAAAUGUUCCAAGCUACAUGGCUCCAACCCAGUCCGCGAAGGCCAAGGUGAGAAGCCAAGGCCUAGUCAAACACCAAGGACCGAAAUGGAACAAAUCAAUAAGAAGGGGAUCGGUUUUUGGGUCGGGUUGUGACUCAUCGAGUUCGGGUGGAGGAACCAUUACCUAUCAAGGCCAAAGAAGCCCAAGCCCAAUGAACAAUAAUGGGCCUCGCUUGUCUCCUAUACAGAUGAUGGGCUGUGGCCCAGACAACCCAGGAGGUGAAGAUUGGGCACUCCCACCCCUUGGUGUCAAUAAUUGGAGGGCUGGUUUUGCUUAAUUGAGUUCAAUACUCUUGUUUGUUUAAUAAGUGAUUAUCAAACUUUGCUUGUUCAUACAUUGCUAUUUAUUAAUUUUUGUCUUUAAAUUUGAUAACAUAAUUUUAAUGGCCCAAAUAUUUUUUAUUAUAA